AUGGCAGAUGGCCAGCCUCAACCUGUGUUGACUCCCCCGGCCGUCAUCGACACAUAUGGAAACGCACUGCAGACAGGAAGCAUGUAUUACAUCUUAUCGGCUCAAAUAGUUCCUGAUGGUGGCCCUAUAACACGGGGCAUCGUCGGCGGCGAUCAAGGCCCCAUGACUGUCGUCCAAGACAGGUCAUCUCUCCGAAAUGCCCUUCCCAUUGUCUUCUAUUCAGCUACUCCGGGGGAACAAUGGAUCCGUGAAUCAGUAAGCUCCGUGACCAUCCGAUUCCAAACCCCAUCGGCGUAUCUCAACUCCACGAUAUGGCAAGUUGCGGAGUAUGAGGACAAAACGACGAGGUUGCGCUACAUACAACUUGGAGGCGUUGUAGGUAAACCCGGCUGCAAAACUUACCGAAAUUGGUUUAAAAUCAUCAAGAAUACCCCCUUCAAAAAUACCUAUAGGAUUCAAUACGAUCCGAGGGAUGUGUGUCCGAUCGCUGGUCGUCGCCGGAACAUUGCCGUCUUUUCGGUGAACGGAAUGUGGCCGUUGGCUCUCACGUCGGAUUAUCCUUAUUCCUUUGUUUUCCAGAAAUUUGAUCCUUAG